AUGACUAGGAAAAAGGUAAAACUGGCUUUCAUAACUAAUGAUUCGGCAAGAAAAGCAACCUAUAAGAAAAGGAAGAAGGGUCUGCUGAAGAAGGUAAGCGAACUCAGCACCCUUUGCGGUGUUGAUGCUUGUGCAAUUGUAUAUAGUCCAUAUGAAUCUGAACCUGAGGUUUGGCCUGGCCCGGUGGGAGUUCAACUCGUGAUUUCACGGUUCAAAAGAAUGCCAGAAAUGGAGCAAAGCAAGAAGAUGGUGAAUCAGGAGGGCUUCAUCAAGCACAGGAUUGCCAAAGCCAAUGAACAGCUGAGGAAACAAUGCAAGGAAAAUCGCGAGAAGGAGAUGACUGAGGUGAUGUACCAAUGCUUGACUGGAAGAGGUAUACAGGACCUGAUGAUGGCGGACUUGCAUGAUCUGGGGUGGCUUGUUGAUCAGAAUGUAAAGAAGAUUGAGAAAAGAAUUGAAUUUGUCAAGAAAAUGGCUCCUCCUCAACAAGCUAAGCCGCCAACAACACCACCAGGUGAACCAUCAAUGCCUGUGGAUGGGAUUCCAAGGACUGGCUGGUUCAACCAGUGGAUGAAUAACCCUGGUCAAAACAAGGGUUCUGGUUCUGGGAAUGAGAUGACUAUGAAAUUCCAUGAGAAUCACAAUUUUAUGUGGUCUAGUGCCUUUUUUCCUUGA